AUUUGAUGCCGUUAUAUUCGUCUGUUUAAAGUACUGCGUCCGUUAACUAGUUACAUCUGCAGGCUGACGCAAUAGACGCUCAGCUCAAGGGACGACAAGCUCCAUUCCCAUUUAGGUAAUCCGCAUCUCGACGCGUCGGCGGCCGAAUUUCGCGUCUUCCCCAGCGGCAACUUUUCUCUCUUGUCUAUAUCCCCACCACAGAAACAUCACCAUGGUUAAAGCCGAAUCAUCAGCCAGUGCUGCUAUAAACGGGCUCAAAGCCAACACAGCGGGGGCUCCCCCUGAUUACGAACUGCCCUGGGUCGAAAAGUACCGCCCGACUUUCCUUGACGAUAUUGUGGGCAAUACGGAGACCGUUGAGCGCUUAAAGAUUAUCGCAAAGGAUGGGAACAUGCCUCACUUGAUUAUCUCGGGGAUGCCUGGUAUCGGAAAGACAACUUCAAUUUUGUGUCUGGCGCGGCAGUUGCUCGGAGAUGCGUACAAGGAGGCCGUGCUGGAAUUGAAUGCUAGUGAUGAAAGAGGUAUUGAUGUGGUCCGGAAUCGGAUCAAAGGGUUUGCACAGAAGAAGGUUACGCUGCCUCCCGGCCGUCACAAGAUUGUCAUCCUCGACGAAGCAGACAGCAUGACAUCUGGUGCUCAGCAGGCGCUCCGUCGUACGAUGGAGAUCUACUCUUCUACGACGCGAUUUGCGUUCGCCUGCAACCAAUCGAACAAGAUCAUCGAACCUAUUCAGUCCCGAUGCGCCAUUCUCCGCUACUCACGAUUGACCGAUGCGCAGGUUGUGAAACGAGUGAAGCAAGUGUGUGAUGCCGAAAACGUGGAACAUACCGAGGACGGACUCGCAGCGUUGGUCUUCAGCGCCGAAGGCGAUAUGCGUCAAGCUCUUAAUAACCUGCAAAGCACAUGGUCCGGAUUCGGAUUGGUUAGCGGGGACAAUGUUUUCCGCGUGGUUGACAGUCCUCAUCCAAUCAAGGUGCAGGCGAUGAUUAAGGCUUGCUGGGAAGGCAAGGUCGAUGUCGCGUUGGAGACCCUCAAUGAGCUCUGGGACCUCGGCUACUCUUCGCACGAUAUCAUCAGCACGAUGUUCCGAGUGACGAAGACGAUCCCAACUUUAUCGGAACAUUCGAAGCUCGAGUUUAUCCGUGAGAUCGGGUUUACACACAUGCGGAUAUUAGAUGGGGUGCAGUCACUUCUUCAGCUGAGUGGCUGUGUGUCGAAGCUCUGCAAGAUCAACAUGAAGCCGCAGUUGUUUGAACCACGGCGAUCCUGAGCUGGGGGAUUCAGUGUUUUAUAUUGGCAUAUUUGGUGUUCAUCGGAGUUGGAUGCACGUAGAUUAUGAUAUGAUACAUGUUAAUUAUUUCCUAGUUUGGUAGAGAAAGGAAAAAUCAUAAAAUAAAAACUCAUAGUUAUAUUA